AUGGCGUCAAACUAUGCCAAAGGACUCUUUCAAAACCUCGCCAAGUCGCUUCGCGAGAGGAUACCCUUGAAGACACCACGGCCUCGAUUAACUCCGCCAACAACGGAAUCAUCUGUCUCAAAGGCAAAAUCCUCGGCAUUGACGACAAAGCAAGGGGCAGCUUCUUACCAAGCAUCUGCCAAGCAGUCUUUGGAUUCUUGGAAGCAGACCGUGACAUCAACGCCCUCGUAUCAAUCUGCCAAGGAUUACUCAGACAAACUUCGAAGAAGCACCCAUCAGACCGCGGAAACCUUGGCCAAACAAAUAUCCACCGACACUGUCAGAUCCAGCCUUGAUAAGUUGGCCACCCCUGCCCAGCAAGUGCUCCAAAAAACAACAAAAUCUGCCUCGGAUCGUAUAGCCUCCACGGGGACAGCAGCUCGCGUCGCCCAGCAAAAAGUCAACGCCCAAGGAAAAGCCUUACUGCAAUCAUCAUCGGAGAGAAUAUCCAAAUCAGUUUCUACUGCUGCACACGUGGCCAGCUCUACGGUGUCUGGUGCGGCGCAAUCGACCAAGGAUACUGUGGUGUCGGAGCUUCGAGUAAUGCGGAAAGAUGCCUUUCGGUGGCUUUGGUGGUGGUCAUUGGCGGCCAUUGCAAUUUACGGUGUUGCCACGACAUUGCCUGGCGAAUUGCUACGAGAGUAUCAUCGACGCAGUGACAAAGGAGAAUCUCAAAGGGAAAAAGGACAAGCAAGGGAAGAAGAGGAAGUGUCGAAGAGCAAACAACCAGAGGACCAGUUGACAAGAUUCUCAUGGACAGAGUCACUCUCUGGAUGGAAUCCUUUUGCCACCAGCCAAAGUAGCAAUAAAGACGACGACACCAAAACUCAACAACAAACAUCGUGGUUCCACCAACUUGGUUGGCCGAGUAGCUCCGGAAAGAAAGAGCAAAAUGUCAACAAUUCGACACUUUCAGAUUGGAGCUGGACUGCCGGGCAGAAUAGUAGUGGAGACGACAAAGCCCAUUCCAGCGAGUCUUCGUCAUUAUGGACUCGGUCCAGCAAAUGGAAUGGUGGAAACGAAGAGUCAUGA